GCAAGUCGCCCUGGUCAUCAUCUCGGUCAAGGCCCUGUACGACUUAACCCACCUCGAGGAAGAGAUCCACCACCCGUUCCUGGACGCGCCGCGGCCGCGCUACCCGUACAUGCGCAUCCGGCACAAGGACUUUCCGUGGGGGCCCUGCGACUUACUGAACCUGGACUGCUGGCGUGAGCUGAAAAAGCAGAACCAACAAGAGGUGGAAGCGCUGCAUAACCGGCGACUCAGGGGUUAG